CUACAGAUCGACGGACACUCUGAGAGCGUUUCUGUUUUCCGCACGUCCUUCCUCCUUCCUCGCACUUCCCUCACGUACCUUCUAGACUCUCUCUCUCUCUCUCUCUUCUCCUAACACUAGCGAAGAUGGGUUGCGGAUGCGGACACGCGGGCUGCACUUGCCCCGACUGCAAGUGCAACGGGGGCAGCGGAGCGACAUGCUGUGGCAAAUGAAGUGACCAAUCCGGCUCCCGACCGCCACGGUGAGGUGGGGGGAGUCUGGGGAGAGAGAGAGAGAGAGAGAGACUCUGAGGAAGAAGAGCACGAUGGGAGCGCAGAUGACGCGGAGGACAUCACGGCGAUGAACAUCGUGGUAAGAAUAAUCCAUGGCAGCGGCAGCAACAGCAGCGGCUAUGCCGAUGAGCAUGGCCACGGCACCUGCGAUUUCCAUGGCUAUGGCUAUGGCUAUGCCUAUGGCGAUGGCGAUGACGUGGCCACUCUCUUCACUCUCUCACCUUGGUGGUCGGGAUCAGCAUGCCGGAUCAGACAGCGACUAUGCAUCCGGAAAUAACGAUGGAGGGGAGGCUUGCCAAGUGUAGGUGUUCCUUGGGAGCUGAACCUGCAGGGUCAAGGGUGGCAACGAGCAGGGGAGCAGACAGCGUGCCAUGCUAGAUUGCCGUGGCGAUAGCUAUGGCUGAUAGCUAUGGCUGAUAGCUAUGGCUAUGGCUAUGGCUGACAGCUAUGGCUAUGGCUAUGGCUAUGGCUAUGGCGAUGGCGAUGGCGAUGGCUAUGGCGAUGACGACGAUGAAUUAAGCGAGCUCCCCUUUCUGUUCGUCCGCCGGAAGAGUGCAGAUGUCAGUGUGCCACUACGGUAGCUCCCCUUUCAGCGGCCGGCGGAGCCAAUUAUUGAAGAAGGCGAUGGCGGCGAUGGCGGUGAUGGCGGUGUGCAAGGAAGAGUGGCUAUGGCUGUUCGGUGUCGGCAGCCCAAUUAUGUUAAUUAAUGAGCACUUCCUGAGGGGGGAGGAGAUCGUCAGCUGGUGUGGUUAAUUACUAAUAUACUCUAGACUCUUUGACUACUAAUUUUAUUAUAAGAAAAAUAUAUAUAUAGAUAGAUAUAUAUAUAUAAAAAAGAAAGAUGGGGUGAGAUACAGCGAUUGCUGCGAUUGAGAGAAGAAUAUAGUCGUCCAGUCUUGAUUGGCAGUGGCCCGUGGGGUUAAUUUAUAUUUGGCUGCUCAAGGUGCUGAUAUUACCAUCACGGCUUAUUGUUGUUGUUGUUGUUGUUCUUUUUCUUUUUUUUUUUUUUUACUGGUUGUAGUUUAUUUUCUUGUCCAAGUUGAACCCAUUUUGUCCCUAGUCCGGGUUCCGGGUUCUCGGCCUAGGGUGGGGUAACUCUCUUCCUCCGCCGUGAUUCAGGUGGUUACCGUACUACCCUUUCUUUCUUGAUUAAUAAACUGCAACUUGCUUG